GAAGAGAUUUCCGGUAUGGAUUUCUCUUUGGAUCAUGAAGUAUAUAAAGUACUGACUUAAGUUAGAAGGAAGUUGCUGAUUAGUUGCCGGUAACCAUAGAAACAGUUCAAACUUAAAUUGACAACAAUGGAUGACAUACAAAUUACUAAAUUAAUGAACAAACAACUUGAGUUGUUUGACAUGAACUAUCGCUCUGAAGGAGGAAAUAUAAUAUCAGGUGAAGAGACGAUCAAAGAUCGGCAUAUUCUUUGUUACAUGGCCUCGCAAGAUGUAAAAGCUUAUAUAAAAUCAGAACUUCUCACUUCGAGUCCUCCUGAAUAUGGACUUGAAAACCUUAUUGUAACCUCAGAAAAUGAAGAGUGUCAAUUAAAAAAGGAGCUUGGGUCUGAAAUGUUUACAGAUUUUAACAAUUCCAAAAUGCAGAUGCAAAAAUUAUUCCAGAAACUUGAUGGAAAGUCGCAACAAGUAAUGUUUUCGUUGUUUGGACAACUGUAUAAUUAUUUGAAAUGUGUAAAUAUGCAUAGAAUGACAAACAGUGCAAAAUACCACACACUCAAUAUCCAAUGUGAUCAGAUUCAUAUAGACAGAAGUUCUGAAGCGACAUGUGAGGAGGCAACAUGUAAAAAUGCACCAAUUAAGGAGGUGCCUGUUAAAGAGACACCCAAUAAAGAGGCAACCUGUAUAAAGGAGACACCACUUAAUGAGGUGCCAUGUAAGGAAUCAUCAUAUAAAGAAUUACCAUAUAAGGAAGUACCAUAUAAGGAGGCACCACAUAAGGAGACACCCUAUGAGGAGACACCAUUGAAGCAAGCUGAAUCUUUACCUAUGUCUCCUACCUACAGGAGCCUGGCUAAGACAUGUGUCAAACAGCGCACAUGUUCCCACAAUGGGGCCUCUGGAAACCCGCAACAAGGCUGCUGCAGCAACAACAGCGAUAAAUCAAGCAAUAAUAGCAACAGGAGGAGCAGAGAUGAAGAUAAUGACAGAAAAGAGGAGCAAGAUGAGAGCAAUAGACACAGGAGAUAUGAUAGGCCAGACAGAGGCCAGUCCAUGCACCCCAUCAACUUAGAGGGACCAGUGACAGAUUCCAAUGCUGAUAUUGCACAGCUUGGCAACAUGUUAGGUGGUGAAGCCCCAGAGAUGGACUUCAAAGGAUACAGGAAAAAACAUGGUCGUUUGAAGAGUUUUGCUGAAGCUUUGGAAAAGGUCGAGGAAAGUGAGUUCCAGUCUACCUUGCAAGAGUUGUUGACCUGUAUGCAAUCUGACUGUUGGCCCACACAGAGAGGCAUGGCAUCUAUAACAAACUGUAACCUUUGUCAUGAGCUGGUGGCCAUCUUUAAACACUUCCCAGAAUGCACCACCUGUAGGAAGUGUAAAGUUGUCAUUUCUGCUAUUAAGAUGCACGUCAGUGAAUGUGAGGCUGGGAAACAUUGUGAGAAUAAGAUAUGUAAAAAAUUGAGACCUGAGGUUAAGAUUAAACCAGAUCGUUUGAAGACACUUGAGGGGAUCUGGUUAAGGAAGAAACUGAAGCGAUUCCUCGGAAAAAUGUUUCUUGACAACUCAUUUUACUCGAACAACUCAGGAAGUUUGUUUCAAAGUGGAGGAUUUGGAUCCCAGACAAGUUCAAGUCUCCGUGGACACCUCAGUAGCCGUCUGAUUAGUCCUCCCAAGAUGGCUCUUGGCAUAUCAAACAGGACUCCAUCAUUACCUCCAAAGUCUAGAGACAUUAUCCCUGAAUAUAAAGAUGCAAGCAAAGAAAAUGAAUCAGCCCAUCAGGAUGAUCUUGUUAAAGAUCACGAGGAACCUGGUGGUUUUGAGAGUCACUAUGGUUUAGCUCAAGCUAAGCCUCUUAAGAUUGCCAGUUCUAAUUAUAGACCAUCUGCUCUCAUGUUUGAUCAUGACAUAUCUGGACAAAGGGGCAUCAUCCUCCCUUCCCCUGAAACCCCUGCCUUUAGCUCCCAAGCACAUCCCCUAACUGAAGUGAGGUAUCUAUCGGAGCAGGUAAAACACAUUGAUGAUGGUGAACCUAUUGACACUGAAGAGAGUAUAACACCUAUGGCACUGCAUGAUGAAGCACCUAAAGAGAAUGUGCUUACCACAGGAACACCAGAGGAGAUGCUAGAGGCAUUAUCCACAGACCUGGAGAAUGAAGACCUUGAUGACCAACUCUCUUCACUGAACCUAUCUGCUAAUGAGUCUUCUUCUAGACUUGGAAUUGAUGAUGGACAUCCCUCAUUAGAGGCUGAGGCUCCAACUCCCAACAUGGAUGCGAUUAAGUCCUUUUUCCAAGAUAUAGGUGUAAAGUCAUCAUUUUCUGAUGAUCAAAUUAUCAAGGUGGCACCCUCCUCUGAAGCAGCAAUCACACCUGUAGUUCCAAUUGAUGAUUAUGAAGAUGAUGAGAGAUGUGAGAGUAUUUUACCAGAGAUGCUGUUCAAAGGUACAACAAGUGUGCCCCUUGACAUGGCAAGAUAUGGAACUCAGUGUGGGAAUAACAGUAAGCAGUUUGUAUCCUUACAUCCCAGGAUGGCAGGGCAGGCUGAGGUCACCUAUGGUAGCCAUGGUCAUUUGGAAGAGUUGGCAAGAUAUUGGGAUAGACUGAGAAACGAUGUUCUGGCAAAGAGAACUUUGCUGGAUUACAUACAUGAAGAAGGUGUCAUCUUAAAUGAUAUGAAACAGUAUUUGAAAAUUAAAAAAGGAAAUUAUAAGAAAAAGAAUCAGUGGAGAAAAAUACAGUUCCUGGGAAAUGGUGUAGAAGGGAAGUGUAGCCUUGCUAUGGAUGAAACUACUUACGUAUUAUUCUGUGUUAAGAAGGUGCAUUUACUGAACUUUGACCCUAUGGAGAUCCAAGCAUGGUUACGGUUGAUGGGAACUGUACACACAGGGGAGGUUGCCUUCCUUUAUGGUGCUCUCAGAAAAGGAGAAUAUGUCUAUCUUUUGCAAGAGUUCCUUGAAGGUAUGUCACUGGCCCAGUACAUCCAGCAGAAACCCACAGGCAGCUUACCACAAAAAGAAGCAUUAUACAUCUAUAAACAGUGCCUAUCCCACUUGGAACAUUUCCAGAAGAAGCAGGUCAUACACAAUGAUUUCAAAGCUGCCAACCUUAUGGUGUUGCCUGGGGAACAAAACAAGGUUGAUGCUGUAGUUGUCAUUGACUUUGGAUUAGCAAAAUUAAUUUCUGACAGUUCUCCGACAAUCCGUGUAAAGAGACCAACAGGCACGCAGACUCACUGGUCUCCAGAAAAGGCGUUGAGCCAUCCAUACAACCACAAAGUGGAUGUAUGGGCAGCCACAUGUGUCUUGCUUCAUAUGUUAACGGGAGAUCAUCCAUGGGUCAGGAGAUAUGGAAAUGCUGCUUUUCUACAUUAUAAAAUAGCUACAGAAUCCCCUUAUGCAGAUAUUCCAAGCAGUCUUCCCUCUGCUAUACAGGACAUCUUCCACUCUGGGUGGACAAAAGAUCCUGAUGUACGGCCGGAUGCAGCCUGUCUGUUAAAACAUAAUGUUUUUAAGCUACUUGAUGAGGGUUUCUUCAAGAGCUUAGAAGCCAGUGAGCCUGAGGACUACAGUUCAGAGAAUGUAGACAACAAGCCUCCUUUAACACAGACCAGCGAGUAUUUUAGUGUUGAACAUCUAGACAAUCGCACUGAUGAUAAUAAUGGGAAUAUCAAAUCAGAGCUGAGUGAUGAUAUAAUUGGUGAGAUGCCGAGUACAAUCAUAACAAUGAGAGAGGAGCAUCCUGGGACAACUCCUUCUGUGAAACAAACAAUGGUUCAAAUAGAUGAAGAAUUUCAACUUAAUAGCUUCAUGGAUAUCUAUACAUCUGGUUCAAAAGGCAACAACACAACAAACCUGUUGGAAAUGGAUAACAACUGGAGCGAUCUUAUUCCACGUACUGUGAAUAGUUUGCCUGAGCAGGACUCGGCAAGCUUCAGUUCCCCCGAACAAACCAUUGCUAAACCACCAGAUACAACUAAACAGGAUUAUGCAAGCUUCAGCUCCCCUGACCCUGAACAAGACAUUGCUAAACCACCAGGCACAACUGAGCAUGAUUCUGCAAGCCAUGGUUCCCCCAAACAAGACAUAAGAAAACAAUCUGACACAGCUGAGAGAAAUUUCCCAACUUUUGAGGAAGCUCUGUCUCCAAGGGGUCCACCAACUGACGAAUAUAAUCCCCCAGUAAAACACCCACAUCAAGGAGAGAGAAACAUUGAUAAUGAUCUGGACCUUUUGGGCCAUUCACCUGAGCAAUUCAGGGAGGUUUUAGGUAACAUUCCAUCUCCAGUCACUCCUAAACACUUCAGUAGUGACAGUAGUUCACAUACACUAAUAUCCCCAGUCUCGCCCAACUCUCCAGGCUUUGCUAACUCUUCAAAUGAGACAAUGAAAGCAAGAAAUCCUAAACAACUUAAAGUGAAUAUUCCCAACUCGCCAACACAAGUGAAAGCAUGCCAUGAAGAGGAGUGUGCAGCUGGUUGUGAAUGCAAAGAUAAACUUCAUGGAUUAACUCCUAAAACACCAGCAUUACAUCGCAACCCUCUAAGGAAGCAAGCCUCAUCACCAGAGGCAUCAUUGCCACCUUUAUGCUCUGUCCCUGCACAAAAACGAAGAACGUCUGCUCCCAAUAUUUAUCAAGUAAAAUCUCAAAGUUUGAUCAUCGCACAAGAAACUCCAGUUUCAUUGUCCCCACUUAGCUGGAAUUCUAGAAAGCUACGGAGAGAUUCUUCUCGUACUACAGAUACCUCUGGGUAUAAUACGGACACUUCCUACUCCCCAUUUACCCCCCAGACUCCUAGAAAACCAUUCAGCCUCACCCCCCAGACAGCAAAUCCUCCUAAAUAUGGUGAUACUUUAACCCCUCAGCCACCUUCCUAUACUGUGGAACCGCUUGAGGGUCCAUCUACGGUUGAGGAGAGUUCUCCACGGGAUCACAGUCAAAAUGAAGAGGAGUAUGAGAAGCUUUAUAAAGAAAAUAUAAUCAGAGACUUAUCAAACAAAGAUCCAAGUGAAGAAGGCUUUGAGGAGAGGUUAACAGAACUUGAUGAAUCUUUCAAUGCAUCUUCAAGAAGUGAUUUUGCAAAGAUUGAUGAGGAUUUUGCCAAAGAGUCAGAUUUAGAUACACAACCUCCCCCUGGGAGCCUGGACCAUGCCAGCAAUAGACAACUAGGAUUUGAAGUGGGAUUCCGUCUGAAGUCAGGUUUUUGUCUUGCUAAGAUUAUGGCUACAACCACCAUUACAUGGGAGAUACUGCUGGAGUCCGCAAGUGAAUGUAUACAUGGAUAUGGUAUAGCAAGAUAUACGGCUAAACACGAAUCAGGGGAUAUUGUAGUAUUGACAGACUGUGCAAACAUUGACCAAUCAGAAAUUACAAUAAUUCCCUUAAAAGAAAAUGAUGAAUAUGAGUGGCAGAUUGUGAAUGACAAGCAUGAGUACCAUCCUGAGUACAACGGACCUUUUGGACCACAACCAUUUCGUGAUUGAGCUCAUUGUGCCAGUAUUUCAUAACAAAUACUAGGGUAGAAUCGGUCCAUUUACCAGUAUGCCAGUAUUUUGAAACUUAACUCUGGGUGAAAUCAGAGCAUGUGCCAUUAUGUCCCUAUUCUAUAACUUACCUUUGGUGAAAUGAAAACGUGUGCCAUUAUGCCAUCAUUUUCUCCCAUUGGCCUUGGAGUUAUGACAUUCACCAAAUUCUUGAACAUUCUUAAACUAUUUAAGUUAUAUUCCUUGCAGCUCCACUGCUGUCUUAAUAUGGUAGAUAUAUUCAGUGUAUAGAGUAUCCAUAUAGCAAAGCAUGGGAAAAUAUUUUGAUAUGGU